CUUUCUUGUGUACUGCUCUGGUGUUGAAAAAGCGGUUUCCAGGGUGUGGCGCUGAUGGAUCUUAUCAUUAUGGAUGAGGAUCGUUAAUUGGCCGUUCCCCCGUCGAAUAUCCUGACGUCUUGUUCCGUGACGCAAUAUUGACCGAGUAUAUAAGACCCGCUUUGGAACCCGUCGCCCUUGCAAGCGCAGGUCAGUGGUUGCGCUUGAUAAUUCCGUCCUCUUAAGGUCUUCGGGCUUUAAUUAAUCGUACAGUUUCUUAUCUCACAUCUCGCUCUCAAUUGCUUUGUUCUCUCCUCCCGUGCUUUGAAUCAUAUAUCAACCCCCAUGGCGAACGGGCUCGAGUCGCACAAAGAAGAGGUGGACGAAGUUCGUACCGAUCCGGAGGAAUUCGACUCCAAAUCAUCUCAAUCGUCCGACACGGACGACGAGUCUUCGCCCGACCACAAAAGGUCACAGCCUAAAGAACGACCCCAAUACAAACGACCCUCGGCCUCACGGCAGGCUACUGCACGAACCCAACGUACCGGAGAAUUCAGAGACGAUGUCUCUCGUUCCAAGACCCAGGGAAGUCAGCCUCCCGGAGGGUUCUCUUUAGCAGGCUCCAGUGCCUUCUGGGGCGCGCCGCCAUCCUACGGACCCUACAUUCACCCGGAGUACCAUUCCCUCAACCCUCAAUACGGCAAAGACGAACCUGGGAAGCCAGUUUGGAGUCUCGCCCAACCACUACCACACGUGGUGCGCGAUGGUAUGCGCUACGGGGCCUUGCCGGAGGAUCGCAAAGAGGAAGAGCAGGAGAAUGGACGGGCACGCCCUCCCCCCGCGGCCGAGGAACCCCCGACCGGGAUUCCUCAGACCGAAGAAUCCCAGCAAGAAGGCGAGGACCCGGACCAUGAUGGGUUCUUCAAUAUCUGGUCGAAAAUCCGCUUCUAUGCGAAAGAGCCAUUUGCAGAGUGGCUAGGAACAAGCGUGGCUAUCACCCUCGGUCUCUGUGCGGGCUUGUCGCACUACACCUCCCAAGGACAGGCGGGCACCUACGUCUCGCAGUGCGCGGCUUGGGGGUUCGCGUUCAUGAUCGGCAUCUACAUGGCCGGUGGUGUCUCCGGUGCCCAUCUCAACCCCGCAAUCACCAUCUCGCUGUCCGUGUGGCGUGGCUUCCCAGCGAGAAAAUGCACCCUGUAUGUCCUCGCCCAGGUCCUUGGGGCCAUCACGGCCGGCGGACUCGCCUACGCCAUCUACCACGACGCGAUCGUCGACCUCUCCGUCAAAUCCCAAGUGCCCCAGGCGCAAACGACCGCCAGCGAGGCCAUGCUGACCGGGCCUAAGACGUUCGUAACGCCGGCGACCGCCUUCUUCGACGAGUUCCUCGGCAGCGCCAUUCUGGUCGGUAUCAUCCUGGCGCUGGGCGAUGACGCCAACGCCCCGCCCGGUGCCGGUAUGCAGGCGUUCAUCAUCGGCAUCGUGAUCACGGUGCUGCUGCUGGCGUUGGGCUACAACACGGGCGGCUGCUUCAACGCGCCCCGCGACUUCGGCCCCCGCCUGACCGUCCUCAUGGCCGGCUGGGGCGGCCAGGUCUUCACGGAAAACAACGUCUGGUGGGUGUGGGGCCCCUGGGUGGCCGACAUCUUCGGCGGGCUUUUCGGCGCCAUGGUCUACGAUCUGGCCAUCUUCACCGGCGGCGAGAGUCCCGUCAACUACCCCCCGCGCCGCCGCAAGCGCGCCCUGCUCAUCAAGGAGAAGAACCUGCGCAGUAAGCUGCGGAUUGGCCGGCACAAGAUCAAGGAUCUGGAGAAGGCGGUCGAGGAGAACCAGGAUUGAGGAAUAGAUGAACCUCACUUGAUGAUGGAGAUUUUUUUUUCUUGCAUUCUUUUUUUCUUUUUCUUUUUUUUUUUUAUUUUGUGGCUUUGAAAAGGAUUCAUGGGUCUAAAGCAUAUACACGAGCGCUGGCGUUGUUGGAGCUUUUACGUUUUGUCUUAU